UGGCUGUCUCGACGGAAACUUAGGGAGAGCAGUGAAGCUCGUGUCUUCUACCUCCAACCUACCUUCUUUAAGAUGCAUUUGCGGUCUGUUUCCCUUAUUACGUCUUCGAUAUUUAACCAUCUGCGGGUGGCCUUCCUCUGAUUUCGCUUUACAAUUAGUGUCUUUCUUUUCUAUUGCUCUUAUUGUUCCGGAACGGUGCCUGAAUAUCGAGCAUAUCGGGUGUUGCAUUUUAACUGAAUGAAGAAGUGAUGCGUUGGGAGUUAUGAGAUUGGCUUUAGUAUAUACUUGUGACCAUCGUGUUGGGAUCCAUUAUAAAGUUGAAGAAAGGUAUUUCUCGUAGUAAAAUGCUCUCUGGUAACUUUUCAAGACUCAGAACUGCAGUCCAAAGAUCGAUUGUGGGGAGAGAGAGUGGAAAUCAAGAUUCUUUUGGAGUUUUGAUUGGACAAGGGAAGUUGUGGUUUGGCGGCAGUUCAAGGUUAUUUCAUUUUUUAGGCAGCGCUUCUUGUGCUGAUUUCUGUGCAAUUCUCCGUCCUGAUGUUGCUUUAGCUCCAAGCUCAGAAAUAGUUGACCAAAGAAGAACCUUGUCUUUAAUUGGUACUCUAUUUCGCACAUAUUCCAUCCCGUCAUCAUUCAGGCCUUCGUUUCAGGUGUGUGGGUACCACAUUGAUUGUGCAUUUCGGGAGUCUGCUCAAUUUUCAGUCAGCAGGAAUUGUAAGCUGGAAUUAAUGGCUAUUCCCUUUGCUGGAGCAGUAGUUGGUGAAUGCUAUUUUGAUAAUUUAAAGUCAAAGAACUGCCACCAGUCACUGUCAACAAGGAAUGGCAGUAACCUGUGGCCAGGCAGAGGUUUGGAGGAUGGCAGAAAAGUGAGCAUGAGAUUGAAAAACCAUAAGCAACCAGAUAGUCGUGGCAUUUAUGGUUAUUUCAUAUAUAAUGUGGCAAAAAAUUGGCGGAGUUAUAACCCUUGGGCAGAUUCAGGGUCAAGAGAUUUCCAUAGCUCAUCAUCAACAUGUCUCUCUGCUGGGCCUGUUCCUGAUGUGCCCUUUGAUUCUUCCAUCCGAGAAGAGCAGCCAACAAAUUCUGUGGAUUCUUCUGAUCAGAAAAGCCUUUCAGGCAAAAUGCUUAAGUUGAUUUCUGGAUCAUGUUACUUGCCUCAUCCUGAUAAAGAAGAAACUGGUGGAGAAGAUGCUCAUUUUAUAUGUAAUGAGGAACAGGCGGUAGGGGUGGCAGAUGGAGUUGGUGGGUGGGCAGACCUUGGAAUCGAUGCUGGAGAGUACUCCCGUGAACUGAUGUCCAAUGCAGUGAAUGCUAUUAAGGAAGAGCCCAAGGGUUCUAUUGACCCAGCUCGGGUGCUGGAAAAAGCGCAUUUAAGUACUAAAGCUAAGGGUUCAUCGACUGCAUGCAUCAUUGCACUUACUGAACAGGCACUUCAUGCUAUCAAUUUGGGGGACAGCGGUUUUAUGGUGGUCCGUGAUGGUUGCACCAUCUUCCGAUCCCCAGUGCAGCAACAUGGUUUCAAUUUCACUUACCAACUGGAAAGUGGAACUAAUGGUGACUUACCUAGUUCUGGUCAGGUGUUUGCAAUACCUGUGGCUCCUGGGGAUGUGAUAAUUGCUGGAACAGAUGGGCUGUUUGACAACUUGUAUAACAAUGAGAUAACAGCCGUGGUGGUACAUGCCAUAAGAGCCGGCUUAAGUCCUCAAGUGACAGCUCAGAAGAUAGCAGCAUUGGCACGCCAGCGGGCUCAGGAUAAAGACCGCCAGACCCCUUUCUCAACUGCUGCUCAAGAUGCUGGUGUCCGUUAUUAUGGUGGCAAACUUGAUGAUACUACAGUUGUUGUUUCCUAUAUUACGUCCUCUCAAGAUCCCUAACUUUUCCUCUCUCUAUCUUGUAUAUGAUGCCCUUUUUGUUAGGACGACGCAAGUGUAAGAGAUACAAGUCAAUGGUGGAAUGUUGCACUGUCUACCAAAUUUUGAGAGAGAGAGACAGAAUCACGGUUAAUCAAAUAUGGAUUGUACUUGUAGAGAUUUUGUAUGAAUGGAACUCGUCGGGUUCCACCAAUGCUGCGUUGCAGGGGAUCUGCCUACAAGUUGAAAUCCAUUAUCACCUAUGCUUUCUCUCCAUUUUUCAA